AUGAUAUAUAUUUUUUUUAGGUUUCCUCGGCCUGGUCAUGAAAAAAGAGAACGAUGGAUUAAAUUUGUCCAAAAAAAUCGGAACGAAGAGACAUGGCUACCAAGCGAACAUACAGUCAUAUGUUCAGAACAUUUUAAAAAUGAAGAUAAAUACAUUACCAAGACUGGUAGACAAUAUCUCAAGAAAUGUGCAGUACCAUACGACGAUAAUUAUUCAACAUUAGGUACUUCGAAAUUGGUGGAACCAAUAUCUGAACCAGUGAGUGAUUCGGAAUCAAUCUUUAAUAGUCCUAGAAAAAUAGUACUAAAAAAUAAAUUAUCAAAAGAAAUUACAGCUAAAAAAGUACCUUCAGAGAAAUUUAAGAAGAUAAAGCGUCAAAACAGAUAUUUAAAAAAAAAAUGUAUGUCUUACAAACUGA